AUGGUGAACGUUCCAGCAGCAACAGUGCAAUGGAAUUAUCCCCAAGAACGAGAACAUACUUGUAGAGGUUGUGAAAAAAGUAAGAGCUUUUGUGGGUAUAAAACUCCUCAGUUAGGGGACUUCUUAUGCUUUUGCCAGGAUGGACCUCAUUCAAAGCACUGCCCCAAAGGCAAAAGAGGAGUUGUAAUAGGUGUUGCCAGUGGAGCGGCAGGCUUGCUGAUAGCUGCAGCAGUGGUUGUAGUUUAUUAUCGGAUCUCAAGGCCUUCUUCCGAGGAGCAAUUCCUUCAUGAUUAUGUUGAUGAAAUGCCCAGCAGAUAUUCAUAUUCUCAACUGAAGAAGAUCACCAACAAUUUUGCAGAUAAAUUGGGUGAAGGCGCUUUUGGUGUGGUUUACAAAGGAAAGCUCUCUAGCGGUACUAUGGUUUCUGUAAAAAUUCUGGAUCAGUCGAGACACAGUGAGAGCCAGUUCAUGAACGAAGUUGCAACUGUCGGAAGGAUCCAUCACGUUAAUUUGGUUCGACUGAUGGGCUAUUGCUUCGAAGAAGCUAGAAGAGCACUUGUCUAUGAGUACGUCGUGAAUGGGUCUAUGGAGAAGUUUAUAUUUGUAGAAAAAGGAAAAGAACAGAUGCUCAAUUGGGACCAGUUGUAUUCAGUUGCUUUGGGCGCAGCUCGUGGGAUUGCGUAUUUACACCAAGACUGCAACAGAUGCAUCAUCCAUUUCGACAUUAAGCCUCACAAUAUACUCUUGGAUGCUGAUUUCAUAGCCAAAGUAGCUGAUUUUGGUCUGGCUAAGCUUUGUGGAAAGGGGGACAAUCACAUAUCACUUACGACAACGAGAGGAACCCCAGGGCACGUUGCGCCAGAGCUUUGGUACAGAAAUUUGGGUCCUGUAACGAACAAAUCAGAUGUUUACAGUUUUGGAAUGGUGUUAUUGGAGAUAGUUGGAGGAAGGAAGAAUAUUAAUUUGCAGGCAAGCAGGUCCAGUCAAAUUUAUUUUCCAGAGUGGGCAUUCAAGUUGAUAAAAAAUGGGGAGUUAGAGAAGAGGGUAAGAGAAGUUUCAAGAGAGAGAGGAUGCAUAGACCAUGAGAAAGCAAUACGGCUAACAAAAGUGAGAUUGUGGUGCAUCCAACACAAUUCUGCAAACCGGCCAGCGAUGAGAAGCGUGGUUCAAAUGUUGGAAGGCAAUGGUGAUGAUGUGAGUAAUCCUCCCUUUCCUUUCGACUCUUCUCCUUCCCCGCUAUCUCCAUUCCUGUCGCCUGAAUCUUUGGUCAUAGACUUUAACAGCGUGAUUAAAAGAACCGGUGAGGUGUAA